AUGUCAUCGUCAUGGUGGAUGCGGCGGCGGAUGUGGUGCCGGAAGAGACCGCGUGGGCGUCAUGGAGCAGAGGGGCGGGCUUCCACUGACGAGCCUAUUAGAGAUCUGGAGCUAGAAGAAGAUGAAGAAGUGGAUCAGAUGGGGGUCGUCGGCGGUGACUCGUCGGCCUACCUUGUGGCAUGCAACUCCGACUGGGCUUUCUCUUCCCAGCCCUGCCGCGUGUACAAGAUGGUGGACUCAGGGUCGGACGCUCCCUCGCCGGGGAAGCGCCCGAAUCGGCUUGGCCGUGUGAAGCGCCUCAAGCCGCUUGGCCAUGUGAAGACCACCGUCGCGGCGGGCAAGGUGUUCAUCCCCGUGCGGUCAAGGUCCUGGAUCGUCGGCGUCGGGGGUGAUAAGGCCGACACGGUCAUCUUGGACACCAAGACGGAGGAGGUCAUCCAGGGGCCCAAUCCCAAAUCCGCUAAAUGGUGCCCAGUUCUGACCACCGUGGGGGAUAAGGUUUAUGCCAUGUCUAAGAACCCAUCCUGGAUUUCAGACCCUGAUUUUCCACCCUGGUUCGAGGUACUCGAUCUCUCCAAUGCAUCGGUCGUCGCCACUGACGCCGGCAACGCCCACCUCGAGGGUUGCUCCUGGAAGGAGCUGCCGCAUCCACCAUUCUUCCCGUGGGAGCUCACCCCUUUCAGAUACACGAUGCUUCCCCUUGUAAUUACCGUGUCCUAUGUGGUGGUCGGCCUCUACAUAUUGCUAUCCUUCAAUCAACCAGACUGGGGCACAUGGGCAUUUGACACCAGCUCAGACAAGUGGCACAAGGUCGAUGACAAGAGGCUACCCUUUGUUGGCCGUGCCACACACCAUGCUGGCUCUAUCUUCCUUGGCGUGUCGUCUCACAAGAAGAACGGGCCCAUCACUGCGUACCGCAUCCAUGUUGAAAAGGACCAUGCUCAUCUUAAGUUAUCCAUCACCGUGCUGCCGGUAAAAUAUUUGGAAGAUGAAGUUGUUGAUGAUGCAGGGUCCUGCUUCUCUUGCUUGGGCAGUGCACACUUUUGCUCAGUGAGUCCUUCAGUUGACAGCCACGGCUACACUCAUGAACCCCAAUACAGCGGCUUGAAUGUAAUCUUGAAGACCUAUCAAAUAGAGGACCCUUCACUCCUAGAGACUUCAGAGGAAACAGUAAGUGGAUUGCAAUCUCCAACCAAUCGAAGCAGGUCUUAAAGAUUUCCACUUCAAACCAUGGGUUCACUCCCUUGGCCUUCACUCUUUUAUCCGUUUAAGAUUACACUGACUGCGUGUGUUGGAGAGGCAUAGUAUGUUUGUAUUUUGGGACUUCAAGCAUGCAUCUCUGUUUGUCUGGUAAAGCCUGGCUGCACUUUCUUGGUUUUCUGGGAGAGCAAUCAAGUCUAAUCUGUAUCUGAAUGCUAAACCAAAUACUCCUCCAGUAUGCUUUGAUCGUUGGGUUAUUGUAGCUGCUGAUGAAAGCAGAUUGAACUACGUUUGCAAUGGAUCAUUUAUUGUUUUCUUAGUCUGAGUAUGGGGUUCAUUUG